CGCUGUUGCCCGGGUAACGGAGUUCUGCGGUUGUCGGCUCUCUAACGGCCGUGGGUGGGCGAGUGAGAGCAGCGGAGCCUUUCAGUUAGCGAAGUCUCCCGUAUGCUGAUAUCUCACUAAAAAGCCAAUGACUAUUGAAUCAUGCACCUUCCUUCGGUAACACCAAGCUACAAUGAGACAAUUGCAAGUAGAGAGCAUCCAAUCACAGGCCACCAACCAGUGUCCACUGACCAGCAGACUUACCCCAUGCAACAGCCCUACUCCCUACAGCAGCUGUAUCCAGGCCAGCAGCCAACGAGUCAGCAUCCGAACUGGGUUUUUGCACAACCUGGCCUCUAUCCUGGAAGCAGUUCUGGAUAUGUGUCAGCCACAUUCUCUCCAUACUCUCAGCCCAGCAACAGUGAGAGCAUAGAGGCAUCUGCCGCAGAGGCCUGGAACAACCAGAUCGUGAGGCACAGGUUUGUACGGAAGGUUUAUGCCAUCUUGAUGGUACAGUUACUGAUUACUUUUGGAAUUGUGGCUGUCUUUAUGUUUUGUGACCCAGUCAAAAGAUAUGUACAUAAAAACAUCAUCUUGUACUACACCUCAUUUGGGAUCUUCAUUUCUGUGUACUUGGUUCUCGCCUGCUGUACAAGAGUCAGGAGAUGUUUUCCCUGGAAUUUAAUUCUUCUGUCAAUUUUUACUCUGAGCAUGUCAUAUAUGGCAGGGAUGCUUACCACCUACCACAACACAAAGAUUGUGCUACUGUGCAUUGGGAUCACGGCCUUGGUCUGUUUUACAGUUACCAUCUUCUCCUUCCAGACAAAGUUUGACUUCACCACCUGCCAUGGCCUGCUGUUUGGGUUGACCAUUGCACUGCUGCUGACGGGAUUGGUCAUGGGCUUCACCGUCCCCUUUGGAUACCUGCCCUGGUUACACAUCGUUUAUGCAGGUCUUGGAGCUAUUGCCUUUACUCUGUUCCUGGCUUAUGAUACACAGCUUCUGGUAGGGAACAAGCGCUACUCCUUGAGUCCCGAGGAGUACAUCUUCGCUGCACUCUGUCUCUACGUCGACAUUGUCUUCAUCUUCAUCUUCUUCCUGGAAUUUGGGAAUCGUGAGUGAUCAGCUGCUGGCGUGCCCAACAGCUCACAGCUCCUUCCCAUUGCCUUUCUACCUGUAAAAUUUGAAGCAAACCAGCCUUGGAGACUCAAUUCUCCAUUUAACCGCCUGCAGCUUCUUCUAUCAGUUUCAAAGUGGUGUUAGAGUGAUGUACCCUUCCCUGUUCCAUUCUCACCAUGCAGGGUCAGGGAGGGUAUGGAAAUAACAUGACGUCAGUUUUCCCUGCCCUGACACUAGCACAGAACCAUGAUCCCAAGGUCAACUUUUGCUUCCCCAUCUCCAUCCACUCUGUAUUCUCCCAGACUGCACAAGGCAAGUGAAAUCUGUGUCCAAUCAACAGAUAGACCCUUGUUUAAAUUCAUCCUUUUAAAAUCUGCUCAAGUAAACUGAAGUAUUACAUUAGCUUAGUUUAUAUUGUGUUUAUCAAUCUAGUGAGUUCUGGUCUCUGGUACUGAGUGGGCACUGCAACAUCUCUUCCAGAGCAUUAUUCUGUUCACAUCCACCUGAAUUCACUUCAGAUAAAAACAGACAUUGUGGUUGGGUGCUAUGGACUUGGUGUAAAUGUAACAGUUAUUUUCUGUAAUCUUUGUGCAUUUUGAUUAAAGAUUGUUAAAGCUUUUCAGUUGAUGUCCAAUCUUUUUUCAGUCAUGGAAUCUUAAAGCAGGGUCCAAGUCUUUGAACUGACCCUACUUCCCUGCUUUUUCACGCAAUUAAAUUCCAUCACUAUUCACUUUGAAAGCUUCUUGUGAACUUGCUUUUUGCCAAAUGUCAUAAAUUGAUAAUUUCAACCUCCGGUUACUAAUCCUGCCAUGAUCAGUAAAUUUCCCAUUUCCUUAAUAAAAACACCUUCCUGAUGUUGAACACCAUUAAAUUUCCCUUAAUGUUCUUUGUUCCUUGGGGAAUCAUCAGAGUUCCCACAAUCCUGAUUGAUAAGUUACAGAACCUGGGCCUCUGUACCUCCCUCUGCAAUUGGAUCCUCGACUUCCCAACCAGACCACAAUUUGUGUGGAUUGGUGAUAAUAUCUCCACCUGGCUGAUUAUCAUCACUGAUGCACCUCAGGGGUGUGUGCUUUGCCACUGCUCUAUUCUCUCUAUACCCAUGAUUGUGUGGCCAGGCAUAGCUCAAAUACCAUCUAUAAAUUUGCUGAUGAUACAAGCAUUGUUGGUAGAAUCUCAGAUGGAGAUGAGAGGGCGUCCAGGACUGAGAGACGCCAACGUGGAGUGGUGUUGCAGCAACAACCUUGCACUCCCACGUCAGUAAGAUGAAAGAGCUGAUUGUGGACUUCAGGAAGGGCAAGACGAAGGAACACAUACCGAUCCUCAUAGAGGGAUCAGAAGUGGAGAGAGUGAGCAGUUUCAAGUUCCUGGGUGUUAAGAUCUCUGAGGAUUUAACCUGGUCCCAACAUUUCGAUGGAGCUAUCAAGAAGGCAAGACAGUAACUAAACUUCAUUAGGAGUUUGAGAUUUGGUUUGUCAACAAAAACACUCAAAGCCUUUUAUAGAUGUACCAUGGAGAGCAUUCUGACAGGCUACAUCACUGUCUGGUAUGGGGGAAGCACAGGACUGAAAGAAGCAGCAGAGGGUCGUAAAUUUAGUUGACUCCAUCUUGGGUACUAGCUUACAAAGUACCCAGAACAUCUUCAAGAAGCAGUGUCUCAGAAAAGUAGAGUCCAUUAUUAAGGACCCUCAGCACCCAGGGCUUGCCCUUUUCUCUCUGUUGCCAUCAGGUAGCAGGUACAGAAACCUGAAGGCACACACUUGGUGAUUCAGUAACAGCUUCUUCCCCUCAGCCAUCUCAUUCCUAAAGAGUCACUGAAUCCAUGAACACUACCUCACUUUUUUAAUAUAUAUUAUUUCUGUUUUGCAUGAUUUUAAAUCUAUGGUAUUCAAUAUACAAAUAUUGUUAUUUAUUUAUUUUUCUUCUGUAUUAUGUAUUGCAUUGAAUUGUUGCUGCCAAGUUAACAAAUUUCAUGACACAUGCCAGUGAUAAUAAAAGUGAUUCUGAGUAGAGAACCUAAAACCAGCACUAUAGAUACUAUGGGAAGCCCCCAGGUUCUAUUCCUGAGAAUUGUUGAUGACCUGAGCUAUUUGUAAGUCAGAAAUGAAUAUCACUAUGUGGGAGAGAGACACAAAACUACUGUAACAGGAGAGCAAGCAGCCA